AUGGCCGAAUCAAAUGUUAAAUACUUUAAUUUAUCUGAUGAUAAAAGUAUUUUAUCCGUCAAAGUUUCUAAAGAUUUGAUUAAUCAAUGGUUUGAAGGGAAACGUCGUGAACUUUCGCUUUUCAUCUGCCUUGAUAUCUCGGGAUCAAUGGCAGGAUCUGGGAUUUCUCAAGCUAAAAAAGCUAUCCUUCACUUGUUGGAAAGUUUAUUUACUGGUGGUGUCAUUUCUGAAAGUGCAGUUACUUGCUUCUUUUAUCAGUCUAAUUGUGAAGUAGUUCGUUUCGCUGAUAAUCCAAAUUUACGUUGGGAAAGUGGCGGAAUUCAGGAAUAUUUCGAACGCGUUACGUCAUAUGGAGGUACAAGCUUUGUAUCCGUCUUUGAUUCAAUUAUCGAAAAUGUUAAAACAAUUGAUAGGGAUGUGGCCAUCAUUUUCUUCACUGAUGGUCAAGAUGGAUGUAGACGUGAUCAUCUUGAAGAAAGUAAAGUAAGAUUGGAAGCAGCUUUGUCGGCAACUUCUUAUUCUACCGAAGUUCAUACUAUUGGAUUUACUGCAAGUCACGAUGCUGCGCUUCUUUCUUGGAUGACUAAAGUUGGAAAUAAAGUUGGUAAUUUCCAAUACGUCAGUACAAGUGAAAAGAUUGUUGAAACUAUGGAAACGACCAGACAAUUAUUGGAAUUAGGUGAUCUAACUCUUUACGUAAAAGUCGGUGACCAAGAACCAUUGUCGACAACAUUUGAUGAUGAAGGACAUGGAAAACUCAUCCUUACUGGAAACACUGCUAACGUCGAUGGUAAAAAAAUUACCAUUUUAAAAGAUUUGGAAUGCUCCGAAAAAUAUGAAUUUCCUACGUUCCCUAGUCAAAUUCCUGCUAACGAUCCAAUGGCAACUUCAUUAAUAAUUUCUCACAUUCAAUUUGAGAUUACACAAAUGACUAAUGAAGUUUUAAGUCAUAAGGAUGAUUAUGUUAAUAAAC